AUGAAUGUAGUUAGGAGUGUAAACGAGCAGAUACACAUCCGAACUCCUGAUACUCAAGGCAAAUCGAACCACCGGCCGUUGAGUUUUAACUCGAGAAGCAGCUUCUCGACCAACAGCCGCGGUGGAGGAGGAGGCGGAGGAGGGCUUGAUUCAGUCCCCGUGCUUGCGGGGAAAGUGAUGAGCUUGGCGAAGGAGAAAGGGUUUCGGGUGAUUGGUGAAGAAAGCUGGAGGUACAUGAAGAAGGGCAGCAUUGGUAACUGGAGUGGGAAUGGUUUUGUGGGGAAUGGGUUUUUGGAGAGAAGUGAAUCUUUGCGAAAUAAUUUUGAACAGGUUUCAUCUGUUCGGGCCAGCAAAUCGGACGACAAAAGGCUUUACAUAUUCACCGGAACUAAAAUUCUCCACCUUCGUUGCCAGUCGAAGGAGGACAGGGCUUUGUGGAUUGAAGCACUUAUGGUGGCUAAAGAUAAAUUUCCAAUUAAAUUGACAAGCAAUGAGUUGGCUCCUUCUGAAGAAAUCGUAGUUUCGAUUGAGAAACUGAGGUCGAGAUUGACUCAGGAAGGGAUUAGUGAGACAGUGGUCAAAGAUUGUGAAUCUAUAAUGCUAGGUGAGAUUGCAUUGAUACCGGACCAGUUGCAGAAUCUUCAAAUCAAGCACGUCUUGUUGCUCGACACAUUAAGGAGACUCGAGACUGUAGUUGAUGAGACCAAGGCUCGGGAUUCAUGUUGUACACAGGGGAGAAGGUUUGGUGAGUUCAUCAUCAUUUAUACUGUGGUUUAUUUGAACUCAGCAGUUUCGGAUUUCUAUUCGGUUAUGUCGGGGGCAAUUGCUACUGACUCAGAAGCAGAUAACGAAAGUCGAUAUGGAGUCGAUGUUGAAACGGAAGAUGAAAGAAUCUUUUUCGACACGAAUGAUUUCAUGUGUGCAGAGUCUCUCAGAAGCAGUUCAUACAGAAGACGAGAUAAUCCUGUAUAUGCUCAUAGUCCCUCAACAACUGAAAGGCGAUCUUCCUUCUCUGGUGUACAUGGGUUCGUUCAAGACAACAAAACCGGCGAGAAGGUAGCGUUUUUACUUGGAAAAUGGGACGAGGCAAUGUAUUACGUGAUGGGCGAUCCUUCCACGAAAGCCAACGGUUAUGAUCCCAUGACAGAAGCCAUUUUGCUCUGGGAAAGAGAUAAAUCGGUACCCAAGACAAGGUACAAUCUCACGCCCUUCGCCGUAUCUCUGAAUGAGUUGACUUCUGGUCUUCAAAAGAAACUGCCGCCAACCGACUCGAGGCUGAGGCCCGACCAUAGACAUUUGGAGAACGGUGAGUAUGAGCUGGCGAAUGCCGAGAAGCUGAGGCUCGAACAAUUGCAGAGACAGGGAACCAUUAAAUUUGCAUGCAAGGAAGCUGCAAGACAGAGGAUGGCAUCCGAGAUGGUUCCGGAAGGAUGAGGAAGGUUGUUAUCGGUACAUAGGUGGGUAUUGGGAGGCUAGAGAGAAAGGUUGCUGGGAGGAUAUACCCGAUAUAUUCAGACAGCCUUGCGAACUCCCUGUUAGUUUAGUCGAAAGAUGAAUAUCAGUGCCUAAUAAAAGUGAUAGGGCAGCACCCUCGCAAGUCUGAUCGAACUUUUGGUCGAAAAUAUGGACUAAAGUAAUAACUAAUAAGUUGGGAAGAGUAUUCCACAGAAAAAUGUGUACAAAAACAAAAUAAAGUUAGAAGUACAAUUUAUCUUUUUUUUUUUUCAU